GAAUAAACCGCUCUCUCGGAACUGUGGGCAACGAAACAGUUCCGAUCGUUGGUUCUUUAUCAUUCUUUAUUUUUCAAUUCAAGAGAGAACCGCAAUCUGUCUUUAUCGAUAAAGAUAACAAAAGUCUUUGUGGCUAAUCGCGAAUCUUGUAGUUUUUCGUAAUGCCGGAAUACAAGAAGCUCGAAAACCAGGAGGCGGAUGUGGAGAGUGCCAAUGUCCAGGAAAACGAGGCGCAACAGCGGCCGGCUGCAAGUCAGCAGGCGGGCCAAAUGGUGACAGUGUCCUUGUUCAUGCUCCUCUUCCUCGGUAGCUCAUACUUCCAGCCCCGGCCACGGCUCCAUAACUAUCGUGGGGGCAGGGGUCAUGGAAUGGAGCGGAAGGAUGACUGCGACAUCCAGCUGGUGGAGUCUAUACCCAUUGGCCUGACAUAUCCCGAAGGCAGCCCAACAUUCCUAAGCACCCACGAAGCCUGGCUUCAAUUGUUGGACAGCGCCAAAACAUCGCUAGACAUAGCUUCCUUCUAUUGGACACUCAAGGGCGAGGACACGCCCGGGGUAACGGAUAACAGCACUCAGCCCGGGGAGGAAAUUUUCGCCAGACUAUUAGACAACGGGAAUGGCGGCAACCGGUCACCCAGGAUCAAGAUCCGCAUUGCACAGAGUGAACCAUCCAGUGUUUCACCCAAUUUGGACACAAAGUUGUUAGAGAGUGCCGGAGCUGCAGAAGUUGUGAGCUUAUCGUUUCCCAAGUACUUUGGCAGCGGAGUCCUCCACACCAAGCUGUGGGUGGUGGACGAACAGCACUUUUACCUGGGCAGCGCCAAUAUGGAUUGGCGGGCACUCACCCAGGUCAAGGAGAUGGGCGUGCUCGUCCAGAAUUGUAGGCAACUAGCACUUGAUGUGGCCAAGAUUUUUGAGGAGUACUGGUAUCUGGGCAACAGCAAGGAAUCAGUGAUCCCCAAUUGGGACUAUUCUUACCACACCAAUAACAAUUGGGAGUCGCCCUUGCAGCUAAAAGUGAACAAGAACGUUAGUAUGGAGGGCUUCCUGUCCAGUUCACCGCCUCCUCUUUCGGCAUACGGACGAACAAACGACCUGGACGCCAUCCUAAACACCAUAAAUUCGGCCAUUACAUAUGUGAACAUUGCGGUUAUGGAUUAUUAUCCACUGAUAAUCUACGAGAAGAACCACCACUAUUGGCCUUUUAUCGAUGAUGCACUGCGCCGGGCAGCAGUUGAGCGCGGCGUGGCGGUGAAGCUGCUCAUAUCCUGGUGGAAGCAUUCCAAUCCCAGCGAGGACAAGUACCUCAAGUCACUGCAGGAUCUGAACUCCAAAGAAGACAAAAUAGACAUACAAAUUCGCCGCUUUACUGUGCCCGAAGACACGAAUCAGGAGAAGAUUCCCUUUGGCCGGGUGAACCACAACAAGUACAUGGUCACUGAUCGAGUGGCUUACAUCGGUACUUCCAACUGGAGUGGCGACUACUUCACCGAUACCGCCGGCAUCGGUCUAGUGCUUCAAGAGACCCACGAAACUGAGUCCACACACAACCUGAGAAGCGAUCUGCGCAACGUAUUUGAGCGGGACUGGAAUAGCAAAUACGCCACUCCGUUAAAAUAAGCUCCCCAUGUCGUUAUUUUAUUCUACAAACAUUAAUCCGAUCCCAAUGUUAUUUAAAAUAUUCACGCUUCCCACAAAUUGUUCAAUCCUAUUCAUUGCUUUUAUUAAUUUUUGAUUAUGCGUGAGGGUAAAUAAAGGGCUCGUUUCACGGCCAUAACAGAAAAUACAAAA